AUGCAACUCUGCAUUAGCCUCUUCUCUCUCAUUCCCUUUCUCUCUCUCUCGCGCUCUCUCUCGCUCUCUCGCUCCUCUCUCAUUCUCUUCUCUACCCUGCCCUGCCCUGCCCCAAGCCGCACGCUCCACCCCGCUUCUGACCCUGAAACUUAUUCUGGUAACUACCCGUUCCCAGCGCUGUUGCCGUAG